UGUCACAGGCUGCGGGCUACCAGGUCACAGGUGACUGCAUACAGCUGGAGGACACCACAGGCCAAGGAGUCACCACCUGUGAGAGGUCCUGAGCUCACCAGCACCACAGUGGACACGCACAGGUCCCUACUACAAUGCAGCACAAGUCAGAGUCCUAGCGAGGACCCAUCCUACCAACCAGAGAGGGACCAGGAGGCUGCGGGGCCCAGCCACAGCCACCAUCCGAAAGCAGAAUUCCUCAUUAGAGAGGCCACACCCAAUGACUGCGCUGAUCUCCUGAGACUCAUUAAAGAACUUGCUAAUUAUGAGAAGAAGCCACAUGCUGUGCAGAUAACGGAGAGAGAUUUAUUAGAGGAUGGAUUUGGAGAGCGCCCCUGUUACCGGUGUCUGAUAGCGGAACUGCCAAAUCCAAGCGACAAUGGAUGCAGUGCUAAGGUGGGGUUCGCUAUGUAUUAUCUGACAUACGAUCCUUGGGUGGGGAAGACCCUUCACCUUGAGAAUUUCUUUGUAAUGGCGCUAUACCGAGGAAUAGGAUCAGAAAUACUGAAGAAGAUUAGCCAGGAAGCCCUCGAGCAGCGGUGCAGAGCCGUGUAUUUCAUGGCCUUGCGCUGGAACACGCCAUCUAUAGGAUACUAUAAGAGGAGAGGCGCCCAAGACCUGUCGGACGCGGAAGGCUGGCGCCUGUUUAGUUUCUCCGAGGAGGACAUUAGACGUCUAGCAGCGGGAGCCAGCCAAAGGGAUCCCGUGUCCCAGCUCAUAUCAGAGGAGCUCUAAGGAGGAGCCCCCCCGCUCAUAUCUCCUCACUGCACCGUUCAUUGUCACUGUGUCCAGGAAACAAUAAAGAUAAAACAUUUACAAUGGA